AUGAUUCAAAGGUUCACUGGGCUCAAGGCGAUCCUAUCGGGUCCCGCUGGAGGUGUGGUUGGCUAUGCCAAAACAAGCUACAUCGAGAGCGAUAAAGUGCCAGUGAUAGGUUUUGAUAUGGGAGGUACCUCAACGGAUGUGAGUCGCUUCGGGGGUAGAUUUGAGCACGUCUUUGAGACUACAACAGCUGGUAUAACAAUUCAAUCUCCUCAGCUCGAUAUUAAUACAGUAGCUGCUGGUGUGGCAGUAUUUUUUGUUGGAGAAAUGGACUUUUUGUUGUGGGGCCGGAGGGUGCAAGUGCUCAUCCAGGUCCUGCCUGCUAUCGAAAAGGUGGCUCUCUCACAGGCCGACUUGCUACCGGAUCACUUUCCCGCAACCUUCGGGCCAAACGAGGAUCUUCCCCUUGACUAUGGAAUCACGAGAUCAGAGUGUGUUGACUUGACAGAACAAAUCAACACAGAAAUUGAUGGUUAUCUCACCCCGGGAGAGGCAGCGCAAGGUUUUCUUGACUAUUGCAAACGAGGCAAUGAUGAAGCAGGAAUCACCAAAAUCUUAGUUGAAGAUCCAGCCCAGUAUCCCGAUUGUGGUGCGAGUCUGAUUCAAGAUCUAUUCGCAGAGUAUAGCGGUCCCGUAGUACAGUUCUACAUGUCCCACAUCCAGAAAAAUGCCGAAAACGCCGUACGCAACUACCUUCGCGACAUCUAUUCAACCUUGACACCCGGCACCGCCCUCACUGCCGAGGACAAACUCGACAACGGCACGCGCAUCAAGCUAUCUAUUCGAAUCCAUGCAGACGGAGGCGUCGACUUCGACUUCACAAGAACCGGCGCCGAAGGUCUCGGAAAUGGAAACGCCCCCAAAUCCGUCUGCUUUCUCGCUUCAAUCAACGUCAUCAAUCCCGAAGGCAGUAUCUUAAACCCCUCUGCAAACGCAGCCGUCUACGCAGGCAGCACACAAACAUCCCAACGCGUCGUCGACGUCAUCCUCAAAGCGUUCCAAGCAUGUGCUGUAUCCCAAGGCUGCAUGAACAGCCUUGGAUUCUUCGGAGGUCGAAAUGCCAAAGCGGGUCAAGGAUAUAGUUUUGCAUAUGGCGAAACCAUAUGUGGGGGUGUGGGGGUAGGACCGACGUGGGAUGGCGCCAGUGCCGUCCAUUGUCAUAUGCCAAUACGCGAAUAUCCGAUAUCGAGAUAUUGGAAAAGCGGUACCCGAUUAUACAUGAUCAGCAAGCGCAGAGUCACAGCCCCCUACGGAUUAAAAGGUGGAGAAUACGGAGCAAGCGGAGUAAAUCUAAUAGGGAAGGUAGUAGCCGGGGAAGGAGAAGAUCAAGAACAAAAAAGAAGAAUAGAAGGAUCGGGGGCGGCUAGAGAAAAAGAUGCAGCGGUUGGAGUUGGAGAAACAUUAUCCGAGAGCGACGGGUUCGGUGUAUGCGUAUGCGCAGAUGCAGGAUUCGAAUUGAGAGGUUGGAUUGAGUAG